ACGCGGUCCCGUGCCAGCCGCGGGGCUCGGCGGAGGAGGAACAUAAGCCCGCGGCGGGGCCGCUUUCUUAUACGGCGAGCCGUCCUCCCUCAGCCCGGCAGGAUGCGGGGCCUGCUGCCUGCAGCCGUGCUGCUGUACGGCGUCGUCGUUCCGGGCGUGUUCGCCGUCGGGAGAAGGAACGUGGACCCCGAGACGAACAUGAACAUCAGUCAGAUUAUCACGUUCAGGGGAUACCCCAGUGAGGAGUAUGAAGUGACAACAGAAGAUGGGUACAUUCUUUCUGUUAACAGAAUUCCUUAUGGAAGAAAAGAUCUAGGACAGAGCAAAGGUAAGAUUUAUUUCUGCUUGGAAAAAACAGUAAGGCGUGGAAAAGUUCUACACUUUAUAAAAAAGGGGAGAAAAAAAAAAAAAAAGUGUGACAGAACUUCUGCUCCUACAAUCAUUCAUAAGAAGAUUACAGACUGUAACCUAUGGAGUUACAAUCUAUGACUAGUGAAUGUCAUGGCCAGAAUGGCUCAGGUGCAUUUAGAGUGACUUCAGUGAGGGAGGGGUGAAAGAAUUAGAAAGCUGCCUUUUCCUGGCAUUUCCAUUUUGU